AUGGGAAAACUUGGUGAAACAACGAAGAGUAUGCCAUGUUUUCGAUUACAUUUUUUUAAAGCUAUAUUGACGUGCAUUUAUUUUGUUGCAGGUUAUGAUUAUCGAGCAGAUGCAUUGUUGUCUUCUUUAUUAGGAAAAUCAAUACAACAUGUCCAUCGAUAUGCAGCUUUUAUGCAAACUAUGAAAUUUGGAUUUGAUAUAUGUAUUGAAUAUAUUGAUCGUUAUAAACAAUUUCCGUCGUCUGGAAGUAUUGAUGAAACUUUUAUUGAACGCAUUGAGAGCAUUUUUCAUGAACUAUUUUGUGAACAAGCUAAUGUUGAUAAAGUAAUUAUUGAUCAAGUUGUUCUUCGACCGAUUGAUCUUGUUUCUGGCUUAGUUCAACAAAUGAAAAUUUUAAUGGAUGAUACUAAUGCACCAAUAUGGAGCGAAAACCAAGCAAGACCGAUGGAUGUAUUACCCAUCAAUAAUAUCUAG